CUUUCCUACUUGUAUAUAAGUCAACCUUUCUGUCUGUAUUACAGGGUCGUCACCAUCAUAGAGGCGUGGUAGCGGUGAAGAUCGCCAACAUCAGCCGAGAUGAAGAGUCAGUCUGCAGGGAGCUGAAGUUUCUCCAGCAGUUCGGAGGCCACAAUAACAUCGCCUCUUACUAUGGAGCCUACUACAGGGCUCCACUCACGGAGUGCUCAUCGGAGCUCUUGGAAAUUGUUCUCGAGUACUGUGGUGGAGGCUCUCUCCACAACCUCAUCCACAAGACCAAUGGCCAAUCCCUGAAGGAGACCUGGAUCGGCUAUGUCUGCAAGGAGGUUUUAAAGGGGCUGCACCACAUCCACAAGAACCGGGCCGUUCAUAGAGACAUCAAGAGCCUGAACAUCAUGCUCACAGAGACGGCCAAAGUCAAGAUCAUCGACUUUGGAAACAGCUGGGACCUGGACCCGCAGACAGGAUUGUGCCAUGAAGCAGACGGGACUGCACAUUGGAUGGCACCCGAGGCCAUAAGGCAGAAGGGCCAGCGCCUGGCGUACGACACCAAAUGUGACAUCUGGUCGCUGGGGAUAACCGCCAUCGAAAUGGCCGAAGGAAAACCACCAUAUGCAGACAUAUACCCUGUGGAGCAGCUGAUUAGAGAAGCCCAACCACCGAAGCUUCAAUCAGACAGAUGGUCACAACGUUUUGUGUCCUUCUUGGAUUCCUGUCUGAAGAAGGAUCCUUCAGAGAGAGGGAGUGCUGAAGAACUCCUGCAGCACCCAUUCAUCACCCAACUGACACCUAAGAAGAUCAUCAGGGCUGAGAUUGGAGAACAUCUCCGGACUCUGCAGAACCGGCCGGCCAAGAAAGGACUGAAGGGAGUAGCUCUCUGGACCCUGAAGCUGCGGCGUGCUUGUGACUUCUGCACACAGACAUCGGCAGAACAAGAAGCAGCUCUGCAAGUGGCCCUGGAGGGCUUCUCCUGUUAUUGAUCUUGUGGCCAAUAACAUCAACAGCCCAGAAUGAGUUUCCUGAAUCACAGCCUAGGAAAAAGAAACAUCCACAGGAUCCAGUGGCGUCUGCAGCUCCACCAGCAACAUCUCCUUUCAAGCUGAUGCAAGUGGUAACAUCAAGAUUCCUGCAACUACACCAGCAGAGACUUUAUCUCCAUGAUCAUAUUCUUUUCAGACUACCACAUCUCCACCAGUGGUGUAUUUGCUCCAGUUUACAUCACUCCACCCACACACAUCUCCACCUCACUUUCCAACUGCCAUAGUCCAUCUUCCUUUUUUUGUAGACUACGACAACUCCAACAUCUUGCCUUAAACAUCUACAUUUCACAGAACCAUAGCAACAACAUUCCUGUCCACCUCUACAGCUCGACUAGCAGCAUUCACUUAUCAAACACCAUAGCUCCACUAUUAGGACUUUAGUUUGCAUUAGUAUCCAAUUACCACAUCUCCACCCAAGGACUUUCCAUUUAACUUUAGCUCCACCACCAGCCCUUAUCCCAUAUUUUAUCUCUACCCGCAAGCUCUGUCCUUUUGCUAACACACCUCCACCAAUAUCUUCUUUUAUUUAGCUAUCAUCAAGAGUUUCUCCUCUUUAAAAUAUCUUUUAAUCCUUGCCCUUUUUCCUGCACCUCCAUUGGUUCUUCCAUUAAACCAAUACCAAGACAUUUAGUCACACCACACAGCACACACUAAAAUGAUGCCCCCUACACAGAGGCUUCUCUUCUCUACUUUUUUCUUUUGCCCCUCUAACACCAAUUCCCCAGUGGUUUCUCCUGUUCAAAUUCUUUCCUUUCUAAAUUCUAUCCUUUCAAGUCUUCCACUCAACAACCAGUCACAUCUCCUACUCUAAACCCUGACAUAAACUCUUAGUACUGAUAUUGACAUAAACUCAUAGUACAAGUUGAUCCAGGGACUUGUCCGAU